AUGUCGAGCUGGCUGUGGAGCGAGCGGUUUUGGCUGCCCGAACGCGUCAAGUGGGACGAUUUCGCGCCGCGAGUGGUGGACGGCAAGUUGGUCACGUUCCCGCAGUUCUACGAGCUCGGCUACGGCGUUCUGGCCGGCGUGAUACUGUUGUUUCUGAGGAUUUUCGUCGAGAGUUUCGUCCAACUGCCGGUCGGCCGCGCCAUCGGCUUGUACAAGCUGAAGGAGGGACAAAGCACGCUCUCAGCGAGCAUAGCUCACUUCAACGGAGGAUGUCUCUGUAAGUUUUUGGAAGAUUAUUGCAUUUUUUUUUUGAGUUUAGGUCGGAAGUUUUGGAAAUGCAACGGGAUUUUGGAGGAUAUUACACUAGACUAAAGUAAUGUCCGAAAAUCGAAAAUGAUACGUCAGAAAUGAUGUUAAUGAUUUUUUUCAUGAUCUAGAAGACCUCUAGAAGAGAUGCUGUAUCAACUUUUCGUAAAAAUAAUUGUAUUUUCGAAUAUAUUUUUUGCUUCUAACUUCAUGUUGUAUAUAUUUAGAAAAAUCUGGCCUAAAAAUAAUAGUUCCCCGAAAAUUUCAGCCCAAUCCCGCUUCAAAAAGGUCGCUGAGACAGUGUGGCGCUUGGUCUAUUACAGCACGAUAUGGGUAGUCGGCAUCUAUGUGCUCCAUGACCAGCCACAAUGGAUGAAUGUGGAUGACAGCUGGAGGAAUUACCCGUUCCAUGCGAUGGUGGACAAGGUCUGGUGGUACUACACAAUUCAAUCCGGAUUUUACUGGUCGCUACUUAUCGGGUGAGACGGUUUUUUUGGGAAAUUUUUUUGAAAUUUUAUAAAUUUUUUUUUUUUUUUUUUUUUGGUUUUAUGGAUUAUAAGUAAUAAUAUGUAAUUUCAGGUCAUUUACGAUCGAUGUAAAGCGCUCCGACUUUUGGGAGAUGGUCAUCCAUCACGUGGCGACCAUUUUGUUGUUAUCCCUCAGCUGGACCACAAAUUUUGUCCGCGUCGGAACAUUGGUCCUCAUUUGUCACGACACGGCGGAUAUAUUGCUGUAGGUGGAUUUAAAGAAUAUUUACGUUUUAUUUUUAGUGCUUUUGGGGCUGAUAUUUGAGGUUUUUUGGCCAAAAAUGCCCUCAAUGUGCCAUGUGUAAUAUUUUGAUGAAAAAGUUGGGCAAAAAGAAGAGUAGCAGAAGAUCUGGAGGUUCGAAUAUAAGCCAGGUUUACUGAGUGAUGCUGUGUGCUGAGAUUUUUACUUUUAAGGCUUUAGAUAAAAUUUUUGUGACCAGUUUUUGUCAUGGAUAAGAUUUUGAUGAAAAGUUGAGGAAAAUACGUGAAAAUGGAAGUAAAUCUAAGUUGAUGGUCGUUAGCAAGUCAGAUUGAGAAAUUUUAGAGUCGAAAACUUGAGUUUGCAAAAAUUUUGAGACCAUUUUUUUAAUUCCUAUCAAGUGCAAUAUAAUUGAUGUCAAAAAAAUCCCAAAAAAUCUAAAAAAAAUGGUAUAAUAUUGUCUUCAGUGACCUCGGGAAGCUGUUCCGCUACGCGAAAUGGGAACGUGCCCUGACCGUGACGUUCUUGGCCCUGUUGGUCACAUGGAUUUUGACCCGCAUCCUGCUGUUCCCCUUGAUUAUCAUCCGCUCGAUCGUCGUGUCGGCCCCCAAAUCCAUCCAGGCCGACUACGAAUGGCUGAACCUGCUGCAACGCCCGAUUGUGCCGCGAAUUUUCACCUCGUUGUUGUUGAUUCUGUUGAUUUUGCACUUUUUCUGGACCUUCCUCAUGCUGAAGAUUGCCUACAAGUCGACGCAAAAAGGCGGCGGAGUCGACGACAUCCGCGAGGACUCGAGCUCCGAGGACGACAAAACCAAACAGGAGUAG